AUGCGGACCCGGCAGUUGCACAGACGGAUGGUGGCAGUUUGGGAUGGGAUGGGAGACGUGAGCAGGGCGGGGGUAGGGUCUACCCCGGGCGCCGACGCUCUCGCUCUGGCCGCAGACACCGGCGGUGCCGGAGCCGUGGGGAUAGCAGUUUACGUGACGACCGUGGGCGGCGUGGUAGAAGUGCGGGCGGUGCUCGCGGUGCGUACGCUACGCGGACAACAUCACAAGGCAGAGAAGCUGGAUAUUGGGAAGCACGUGGUGUACAACUCAAGUAGAAGCGGUAAAGGACGUGAGCCUUUGGGUGGUCAGGGCGAGGGCAAAUUAGCUCGCCAUGGAGGUCGAGGCCGUGGAAAGCGACGCAAGGAGAAAGGAGUCGCGGGGUCCACGGCGAAGGCGGCGCCCGCAGUGCCGCCUCCUUCGCUGGAGGCUGCGCAGCACAACCUCUCCUCGAACAUCCAGGGCCUGCGUUUCAUGCAGACAGCCCGGGAAAACGAGGAGCGGAAGAAGCAAGAGAAGGAGCAGCUCCGACACAUAGAGGAGAUGCAGUGGGUCGUGGAAGGCUUUGAGGCGGAAGUCAUGGCCGAGUCUUCUCAGGAAAAGCGGCCUGCCGAGCGAAGGGCGGGCCCACCGCCCUGCAGCUGCACCGACGCUCUACAAGGUGAAGUUGUAGCGAACUACCCACCAACCUUCAAGCGAGACCUACAAGGCUUCAACGGCCUAGUGGAGCAGUCGAUGAAGGAUAUGCUCAAGAAGCAUGCAGACAUGAUGAAGCAAUCGGAAGAAGUGGAGCAGGCAUCCGCGCUUCGGAAGAUGAAGCAGCAGCGUGUCACCAAGUCGUAG